CUACUCGAUGCCAUAUUGCCAUCAUCUCUACCCUUCCCAGCUGGCCAGCUUCUUCUUCUGCUGCUGCAGCUUGUGCUGUUCGUGCUUGAUACUCCAAAGAGGACCCGUGCCAGCUCCUUGCAACUGACCAUGAGCUACCAGGCUCCUCCCCCUGGCACCGGCUACCCGCCGCCGGGCACCGCGUACCCUCCUCCGGGCCAGCAGGUCUACGUCGCGCCGCCGCCGGCGUACCCGCCGACCCAGGACGGCGGCGCGUACGGCCAGCAGGAGCAGCAGAAGGGGACCACGAGCCGCGGCGGCGACGGCUUCUGGAAAGGAUGCUGUGCUGCCAUCUGCUGCUGCUGCCUCCUCGACAUGUGCUUCUGAGGACGAGGAGCUCGAGCAGCAGCUGCUCGCCAUGGCCAGGGCAUGCUCUGUCGCUGCUGAUGACCAUCCCGUGCUAUGCUGUGUUACAUUACAUAUUGAUAGCGUUAGUCUUUAUUGCUGUGGUUACAGUACCCGUGUCGGGUAUUUGUUGAGCCAUUCGUUUGUGAUGGUGAUGCUGCUCUUCUUUCUUCUAUAUGUUAUUUGACAUUAUUUUGGUAA